AUGAUUUUGAAAAGCAUUAUAUUUUUAUUAGUAAUUUUAUGUUGUAAUAUUUAUGGAGCUGGCUUCAUUGGUAGAUUACAAUCAGCUGGAGCUAGAGGAAGAUUGACUUGUAAUGGGUCACCAGCUAAAAAUGUUAAGAUUAAACUAUAUGAUGUAGAUACUUUUGAUGUUGAUGAUUUUAUGGCUGAAACAAAAACCGAUAGUAAUGGAAACUUUGAAAUUUCAGGAAGUCAUAAAGAAAUUACAACAAUAGAUCCAAAACUUAACAUUUAUCAUAAAUGUGGAACAACAUUAGGAAUCUGUGCCAGAAAAUUCUCAAUAAAAAUUCCUGAUAGAUAUGUUUCAUCUGGAAAUAGAGUACAAAGAUGGUAUGAAGCUGGAUCACUUGAAUUGGCUGGUAAAUAUCCAGGUGAAUCAAGAGAUUGCAUCAACUAA